AUGAAAGCGGAAAUAAAACGAAAUGAAGAACUUAUGGAAGUUAUGGAUAAACGCUUCGAUGAGCAGCACGCUAAAAUUAUGUGGAAGGAAAAAUACGAGAAAGAAUACGAGUACGGACUCGAAUUAAACAAAAAAGCAGAAGCGUUAGGGGAAAUAGUGGAUGAAUAUGAAAAAAAAUUAAGAAACCUCGAAGAGAAUAGUGCAAAAGAAGCGCAACAAAUAUCGAAAUUAAAGAAUGAAAUUUCUUCGCUGAAUGAGAAAAAUUCACGAAAUAUACAAACGAUUCGCGAAUUACGAGAAAAUCUAUCGGAAUUUGAUGAAAAAUGUCAAAAAUUCGACUCAAUUUUAUUAAGCGAAAAGAAAGCUUAUAGGGAAGCCGAAAAACGAAAUGAGGAAUUAGUUUCUGAAAUGGAACAUUUGAAGGAAAAGACACAAAAAAUUAUGAUAAAUUUGGAAAAUCUUAAAGAAAUAUGCGGCGAGAAAGACCAGCAAAUUAAAAAGCUACACGAUCAAUUGGCUAAUUGUAUGGAGAAAGCCGAAAUUAAUGUAGGUGAAAUGAAGAAAAUACAUAAACAAUCAAAAGAUGAAAUGCAGAAUCGAAUGGACGAACUAAGGAAAAAAUGCCAAAAAUUGGAAGCAGAAAAUAGGCUGCAGCGAGUCAAACUUGACAGUAUAGACAGAGAAUCAUCCGUGGAAUCUGAUUAUGGUGAUUUUAUCACUGUUAUAUCAAACUUUCCAAUUUUACGAAUUUACUUUUCUAAUAGUAGUUUUUUUGUAGUUUCUGGUCGACAAAGUCGCUUAGGAAGCAGACAAUAUUCGUCGAGUUCAAUUGGUUCAUUCAGCUCAAUUCGAACAAUGAGCCGGCGUACCACAGAACCAGAUACAAAAAAUUUUGCAGAGAAAUAUUCGCCCGGUUUUCGUAGCCCAUCAAUAUUUUCAUCGAGUUAUCAUUCUGAAGUUCAGGCACUUUCACGAAGUUCAUCACAAUCUUAUAUUGCCAAUGAGCGCAAAAUUUCGCAGCUUGAGCGACAACUUCUCUCGUCAAACACUGAUAUUCAAAUCCUUAAGCGAGAGAUCGACGUUUAUAAAUCAACGCUUUCGCAAAGCGAGAAGGAUCGAGAAUUACUGAAUCAAAAAUUACGAACUUUGACUGCCACAUGUACGACACUGGAAAAUUCCUUAACAGAAGAAGCAGAGAAAGGUCAUGAAGUUGAAAUGAAGCUGAAAAAAACGCAGAACGAAUUGGAUGCUUUAAAGGAAAAAUAUGAAAGAAGCAUUGAAGAGAGCAAAAACGAACUGCUAGACGAGAGGUUCCCAACAGUCUUUAAAUCUUUUCAACCAAGAUUUAUUUUUCCCUAUUUGUAUACUUUUCAGGUUGCUCGUUUAGAAAGCAUUCGAAAAACUCACGAAGCGUAUGGUGAAACUUGGGAACACCAAUAUCGAAAGGCUGCUGUGGAACUUGAGUCACUACGUGAUGAGAAUGCUAUGCUAAAAACAAAAAUUAGGCGGCAAUAUAGACAGAUUGAAUUACUUACGCAGCAAACAAAGAUCGAAGCAGACGUUACUUUCCUUGAGAAGAAGAUGGGCCUCGAUAAUUCAGUGCAAGGAGAAGCGGAAGCGCAUUAG